UGUAAACAACUAAACAUACCCCAAUUUUGUAUAGUAUUUAGAUUACAUUUAUUAGCAACUACAGCAUAAUUUUUUUUCUUCGAGAAAAACAUAUUUUGGAAAAAUGGGGACACAAAUACAAAAUAUUCAAGAUUAUACUAGCUAUAUUAAAUGUGGUGAAAUCCUGAGAUCCCCAUUAAAAAACUAUCAAAAUUCUAUUAUCUUAAAAUGUUUUGAGUGUAAAGAGGUUCAUUUCAUCUUGGAGUCAUUUAUUACACACAUUCAAGAGCACUUUAAAGACGUUUUAUCAUUAGAGGAACAUGACACCAAAACGCAAUUUGAAAAUGUACAUGAUGUUGAAAUGGAAAGUGAAGGAGUUGGUAUUGAACAUCUUGCAAUAAAACUGGAAGAAUUAGAAGAUCCAUUAUUUCCAGUAAAAUCUGAAAUUGAUGAAGAAAAGAGCAAAACAAAUGUUGAAACAAUUUCAAAAGACUUAACAACCUGUAUUAAAAGUUACGAUGUAGAAAAUCUGGAUGAAUUCGAAGAUGUAUUUGAUAGCCCAGAUGAAUUUCAACCCGAUGAUGAUGAUACCGAUUUAGAUGAAGAUUAUGUAAUAAAAUCACAUACAAAUAAAAGAAAGAAAAAAUCCGAUGACUCCGAAACCGAUGAGGAUGAAGUAAACUUGAAAGUAAGAAAAGCACGAACAACUAGAAGAAAGAACAAAGCCGAAGACUCCGAAACUGAAACGGAUGAGGUAAUUAAAGCACCAACAAAUAGAAGAAAGAAAAAUAGCACUGAAUCAAAACCCGAUGACUCCGAAACCGAUGAUGGUGAUGAUGAGUUCAAAAAAGAAAUGCAAAAUAAAAAAAACGUAAAAUUAUCACCAUUCGUAGAUGAAUUCAUGAAAUCUAAAAAAAAUGUGUUAGCACUAAUAGAACUAUACAAAAAACAGCCAAAUUUAUGGGACAAAUACGCUCCAUUUUAUCGGUUAAAAGACAAAAAGAAACAAUAUUUAGAGGAAAUUACUCAAGAUCUUAAUAAAAUGUGCUCUUUAGAGCUUAGUUGGGAUGAGACUGCUGAAAUAAUCUCUCAUAUUAAUGCAAAACAUCGAGAUAAUUUUAAAAGAAUGCAUUACCAAAAUAAUAAAAAGAAAGAAACGAAAGGAAAGAAAAGCAAUAAAAAACCAAGUAAAUAUGAAAGGAAACCAGAGAAGAAAGUUAAAUUGUGUUGGUUUUAUGAUGAUUUGCAUUUCUUGAGAUCAAAAGUAAUAAUUCGAAUGCAGCAUUUGGAUACAAAUCUGCCCGAUUUAACAUUAGAACAAAUUAAAGAAAUAUUAAAAAUUUAUGAAGGAUUUCCUAAUCUUUGGAACACACAUCUUAUUGAAAAUAUAUGUUUAAAUAAACGUAAUGAUGCUAUCGACGAAAUGUUAAAAGCUUUGGAAUCCAAUAUGAAUCUCAAAAUUGAUGGAUGUACUCUUGAACGAUAUUUACAUACUAUUCAUGAAUAUUGUUCAAGGGAAAAAAGAAGAAGAUUGGGAAUAUCCACUCCAGAGGAUUUGCAACAUACUAAGAAAGAUAAUUCACCAAACUACUACGAGCACAUGACUUUUUUGGAGGAUCACGAGGGACCUUUCAAUUGUUCUGAAUGUAGUGGUAUUUAUACAAAACCAUUAUGUUAUAGAAUUCACAAAUCUCAACAUGAUGGUUCAGCAGCUCUUAAAUGCUCUCAGUGCGAUCAAGAAUUCAAAACUGUUGCUUCUUACACAACACAUGCCAAACGUCAUUUAGAGGAUCUUCAAUUUAUUUGUAAAAUAUGCAAUAUGAAGUUCCUAAGGCAUUCCGAUCUCAAAAUACAUUUGCUAACACAUACCGACGCUAGGCCAUAUUGCUGCGAAAUAUGUGGUGCAUCCUAUCGUCAAUCUAACAGUUUUAGAAAACACCAAAGACAACAUCAAAAACGUUUUUCUCAUACAUGCCAUAUUUGUUCCAAGGGCUAUUACACAAAAUAUCGUUAUGUCGAUCAUAUGAAUUCGCAUAUGAAUAUACGUUCACAUGUUUGUAACAUAUGUGGCAAAGGAUUUAUUACCAGUAGAGCAUUAAAGACACAUGCUGUUACCCACGAAGAUGCGAGAAAUCAUGCAUGCAAACUAUGCGGUAAAACAUUUAAGCUUAAAAUUGGUGUAUUACAGCACAUGCGAACACAUGGGAGCAAAGUGGAAACUGAAAAAAAUAGCUUAAUCAUAUAAUUAUUAUAUUUAAAAUAUAUGCACUAAUUUAUUAAGAAAAUAAAAUUACAUAUUUUGAAA